AUGUUGCCACAAACUGGUGCAGAUGCAAAUACUAGAGCUCCAACAACUUUGAUGAAUCCUAGGAAUGAUGUCAUUGUGCCCCAACUAAUUAUGCGAAACAAAAAUACUCUGCCGUUCAAAAAUAUAACAGACAUCAUGAGAAAAAGUUUGCCACCAAAGAUCAAAAUAUCUUACGGUGCAAAGAAAAUGGUUCAAAUAUGUUCCUCAAUGUUCAUAAGCAAGAUAACCAAAAAAGCCAACGAGCGUUGCAAAAGUGAGUCCAGAAUAACUUUGGGUGCAAAUGACAUAUUGUGGGCGAUGGAUACUUUAGGUUUUAAUAACUAUUUUGACUGUCUCAACCUUUAUCUCAAACGAUAUCGCUAUGAGAGCUACUUUUGUCACCCUACUGGUUACUCGCGCGCCCUAAUUGAUGUUGGGACAAACUCUUCCAUGAACCCAAAUCCUAUUUUUGAAAUGGUUGAGGCAAUAGACAUGGAUAAGUUUUGGGCUGGAGUGGAUAAUUUGGAUGUUGGUUCUUCAGGCACUGGUUUGGCAAACUUUGAUCCUUCUACUGAGAUCAACUUUCAUGGCAUAUGA